AUGGACCCCAGCAGUGCAUCAGGUGAAGACAUACAGUCCAGGAAUAUAGCUGACCCAGAUGCUAAUAGACCAACAAAGAAAACAAGAACAACAAUUACAAAUGAAAUAGAGCAAAUCGCUAUAGAUAAUACAGACACUAAGAAAGUGACAUCAUCAGAUCAAAACAAAGCAAACGUGGAAGAAAUGAGUGCAGAAGCCAUGGCAGUCGACCAAAUUGAGAAACAAGAAAUCCAAGUAGAUCUAGACCUAUCAAAUCUAGCACAAGACCCUACACAAUUAGAAACUGAUCUUCAUGCAAGUCACAAAACAGGCAGUACCCUGAACAAAGGGAAAGCAACUUUAGACUAUCUAACAAAAAUAUCUAAGCAACUAAGACAGUUGAGAAAAAUCGAAGCAGAACAGACACUAAGAGGAAAGAUCCAAUACCAUAUAAUGAAGAGGUGCCAAAAUAUAGAUCAAAAUACUACAAAGAUGAUUGAUAAUAUACUAAAGAGAUAUACUGAUAAAAUUGAUUUUCAGAAAGUUGUCACAACGGAUGACAUAAUCACUGACUCUCGAUUAAUUAAACAGGCCAUCAGACAACACUUUAGUAAAUGGACUAAAGCCAACCCAACAAAUGACACUUUCAAGGAAGAUUGGGAAUCGACGUUCAAACCACUUAGUAAAGCUAGUGAAAAAAUGUAUGCAGGUCUGUUAAAGGCUAUUACAAUUGGAGAACUUGAAGAUACCCUGAAAAAUGCACCGAAAGAGAUGGCCCCGACUGGUAAAAAUAAUUCUAAAAAACGAACAGAGAAUAAAUUGAGCAUACCAACACCACAUUUACAAGAAAAUUGUACUAUGGCAAAUAUCAAUUGGAAAUUAACUUUCGAACAAAUUAUAAGUGCAAACCUCUUGAUAGAAACACAAGCUUUAGUCAGCAUACAUGCUCUAAAUAAAUUUGUAUUUAAUAAUAAAUAG